UUUUCCAACAUGGCGUCAAGAACAGAAUUAAAUUUCAAGAAAUUAUUAAGUAGAUGCGAAACGAUGGCAAAAGACAGAAAUUCCGGGGAAUGGAGAUUUGAGAAGUAUGUAGAAACUCUACAAGAUUUACUGAGUGAAAUGAAGAGGUCUCAAGUCAGCCGCCCUCCUCAAGAAAACCUGGAUGAGUACACUGAAAAGUUGAUAUACCUGAAAGAGCUGGUAGAAUCGGACAAAAGGUCUGCAGCCAAAGAUAGAAAAUCACCAGAGGAAAGACUGAGCAACUCUAGACUGUCACAAUUCCAGGAUCAGGCACGAUAUGAACAGGAAGAAAGGGAAGAACUUCUGGGGAGGAAAACAGUGGAUUCAGAAUUACGACAUCGUAAGGUGGCAGAAAAUGAUGACGCGGAGACUCUUAUUCAGCAUCAGAGAGGAAAACAUGAAAAGCUGACAGAGCAAAUGCUGCAUUUGACUCGCAGUCUUAAGGAGAAUGUGAGGGAUUCUGGGAAAAUUGUCCAGAGAGACAAUAAGACUUUAGAAAUGAGUAUGAAGUUGGCAGACUCAAACACCAAAAAACUCAAAGUGGAGAGUGAUCGACUUGAGCAGCAUACCAAGACUUGCUCAUGGUGGAUCUGGAUCAUGUUAGUGUUUGUCACUCUCACAUUCCUCUUUAUGAUUGUAUUCAUGCGCUUGUUUGGCAAGAAAACAUCCUGAUGACUCUGAUUCCCUGUUAGAUUAUUUGUAAUUGUGAUGUUGUGUGUAUACUGGUGCUUGUUAAUUUAUGGCUGAGGUAGUUUUAGAGACUGUUUUUUAUGCCAUGUGUAGUUGAUAUCUGUGAUAUGAAGAUGAUGUAAGGAUAUUAUAUCAUGAAGAUUUUGCAAUCUUAAUAAUUUAUUUUGUUUUUUUCUUUUUGUUAAGAAAUAAUUGUGUUCAGAAUAAACAUUUCAUGUUUACAUUUAUUUAUACAAUUGAACUUUGGUAUCUCAAACAUCAAUAUCUUGAAUACCAUGGAUAUGUUGAAGCCAGUUGGAAGUCCCAAUGACUUUUUCUUUAUGAAUUUCACCCUUGAUAUCUCAAAUUUAUGUAUAUCUCAAUUUUUUUCCCCUCUGCUCCAUUGAGUGUGAGAGAACAAGCUUUGAUUGUAAUUAGGUUUACAUUUAAAAAGAUGAAGAUAAGUGAAAACUAAGUAAACCCUCUUUUGAAAUCUAUUGCUACAAGAACAAGAAUAUAGCUUUAUUCAAUUAAGAACAUGUUUUAUAUUCUAAUAAUCUAAUACUAGUAAUGAAUUAAAAAAUUUGUUGAUUGAUUGUAUUAUUUAAUUAAUUGUUUUAAGCUCACCUGAGCUAAAAGCUCAAAUGAGCUUUUCUGAUCACCCAUCGUCCAGCAUCCAUCUGUCUGUCUAUCUGUCUGUGUGUCCAUCUGUAAACUUUUCACAUUUUUGACUUCUUCUCAAAAACCUCGGGCCAAUUUUAAUUAAAGUUGGCACACAACAUCCUUGAGUGAAGGGGAUUCUAAAUUGUUCAAAUGAAGGGCAAAGUUUUAUUCCAAUGGGAGAUAAUCAAGAAAAACCAAAAAUAGGGUGGGGUCAUUAAAAAAUCUUUUUCUCAUGAACCACUGGGCCAGAAGAGAUGAAACUUGUUUGAAAGCUUCACGAGGUAGUGUAGAUUCUAUAUUGUUCAAAUCAUGGCCCCUUGGAAUUGGGUGGGGGCACAAUAAGGGAUAAAAGUUUUACAUUGAAAUAUGUAGCAAAAAUUCUUUAAAAAUCUUCUUUUUAUGAACCACUGGGCCAGAAGAGAUGAACCUUUUUUGAAAGCUUCAUGAGGUAGUGUAGAUUCUAAAUUGUUCAAAUCAUGGCCCCCUGGUAUUGAGUGGGGGCACAAUAGGGGAUUAAAGUUUUACAUUGAUAUAUGUAGGAAAAAUCGUCAAAAAUCUUCUCAAGAACCACUGGACCAGAAAAGGUGAAACUUAAAUGCAAGCUUCCUGAGGUACUAUAAAUUCUAAAUAAUACACAUCUUGGCCCCGGGGUAGAGUGGGGCUACAAUAGAAAAUCAUAUUUUUACAUUGAAAUAUAUAGAAAAAAAUUCUUUAAAAAUCUUCCUUUAAGAAGAGAUAAAACUUAUUCGAAAGCUUCCUGGAAUAGUGUAGAUUCUAAAUUGUUCAAAUCAUGACUACCGGCGGUAGGGUGGGUUCACAAUAGAUGUAUCAAAGCUUUACUUUGUAAUAUAUGGAAAAAAAAAAUUCUUGAAAAAUCUUUUUCUCAAGAAACCACUGGUCCAGAAGUGAUGAAACUUAUAUGAAAGCUUCAUGUGGUAGUUUAGAUACUGAAAUAAAUCAUGGCCUCAUGGGGUAGGGUGCGAUCACAACAGGGAUCAGAAUUUUACAUGGGACGAUAUAGGAAAUAAAUUUUGAAAAUCAUCUCAGGAACUACAAUCACACCAUUCAUAUGCAAACAUUCCAAAGCUGAGUAGAUUCAUUUCUUAUUCAAAUUAAGCACUGUGGGUUAGAGUUAGCUAAAAAGGGAUCAAAUUUCACAUAAUGCAUAUAUACAGGAAAAGUAUUUGCUUCUCCAUUAUUGCAAGGCCAUGAUAGUCUUAAUAAUUUUGAAGCAUCCCCAUGUUGUGUGAAUACAGAGACUUUUUGAGUAAGAGUGGGGCUAUAGUAUGGGGUCACAAUUUUUUCAUGGGUCAUGGGAAUAUAGAAGUCUGUUUCGAAAUCUUAUGAAGAACAACAGUGUUAAAGCAACUGAGCAUUGUGGCCCAUGGGCCUAUUGUUUUUCAUCGUUGAAAGACUUGAUUAGUUAAAACAAGAAUACAACACUAUACUAUUUGAGUAUUGAUAGUUGUUGUGUGAUGGUAACAUAUUUUUGUAUGCUAGUGACGAAUACAUGGUCAUUGGCACAUAAAAGUUAUAAUUUUGUUUGUUUCAAAUGAGAGAGUAUUAAAUUCUGAUUUGUACAUGUAUAGAUUUGUAUGAAACAUUCUCUAUCUUUGUCAAUCAAGGUACAGAGUAUCACAGUAAAAUGUUUAUUUUUAAUUGAAUUUAUUAUGUAUAAUAUCACUUGGUGAGUUAUGUGUAUGAUUAAUCUAAUUUUACU